CAGGACUCUGUCCACUUGCAUACUACUCACCUUAUACACACCUGCCCAGGACAGGAACAGAGGUGUCAUGCAGCCCCGGGUGCUCUUCGUUGCUGCCCUCCUCGUACUCCUGGCCUCUGCCCGAGCUGUGGAGACCGAGGAAGCCUCCCUUCUCAGUGUCAUGCAGGGCUACGUGCAGCACGCCAGCAAGACCGCCAAGGAUGCGCUGACCAGCAUGCGGGAGUCCCAGGUGGCCCAGCAGGCCAGGGGCUGGGUGACCGACGGCUUCAGCUCCCUGAAAGACUACUGGACCACCGUUAAGGACAAGCUCUCCGGGCUCUGGGAUUUGAACCGUGAACCCAAACUAACUUAG